UGGACCCUUAAUAACACGGACAUGUUUGGCCCAGGGCAACUGGUCUCUACUCUCCUGCCUGCAGUUUUCCAUUCACCCGCAGCUCACUUUUUCCCAGCAUUCCCAACCAGACUGGGAUCUCAACCGCAGAUUCUGAUCCCGGGGCCCUUCAUCAGCUACGAAUCUUUGAGGAGUUACCUGCAGCCAGAGCCAUGCAAGGAAGCUUUGCUCCUGGCCACGCAGGCGGUUGGGAUGGGGCCACUCACAGAGGGCACAGAUGAACAGAGGCCAGUGAAGCAGCGUCGUGCACGGGCCAACUACAGCAGCUGGCAGCUGGAGGAGCUGGAGAAGGCCUUUGAGACCACCCACUACCCAGACAUCUUCAUGAGGGAAGCCCUGGCCCUCAGACUGGACCUCAUUGAGGCCAGAGUACAGGUUUGGUUUCAAAACCGUCGUGCCAAGAUGAGGCGCCAGCUGAAACUCCAGGGCCAGCUUGUUGCGAGUCCUUAUGUAAAAACAGACACUGAUGAAACACCUGAGAGAGUGAGCAGGAAUUUAAAACAGCAGUCAGAGAGUUCUGACAGCGAGCACUGGGAGAAACGACAGGAAGGAGAAAAUUAUCCAUGGACAAAAGCGGCGAACGCAGCGCUGAGCGUGCAUAUGCAGCCUGUGACCCACAGGUCGGGGAAGUGGGAGAGGCCGGAGGGGCCGAGCUCAGAGGAGCUCCGCUCCUGCAGCAUCGCCAAGCUGAGGGCCAAAGCCAGAGAGCAUGAAGCCGAGAUCCACAGCACUGUAAACAUGUCAGGAGGCGACGCACAGGCACAAACACAGGAAGCUGAUGCCAUGCACAAUGAUUGACUGUUUUUCCAUCUUCCUGUUUGUACUCAUAAUCAUGACCAAAAAAACCCUGUGUAUACUAUAGCUAUGCCAAAACAUACUUUUUAAAUCUUUUUGGGAUGAGGAGUUUCACU